AUUGAACUUCUUUCCAAAUGAUUAGGAAAUGCAUCUACAACCACAACUGUGAUAGACAGCAAAAAUGGAUCAGUGCCCAAACCCCCUGGGAAAGUGCUGAAGAGGACUGUCACAGAAGACAUAGUGACGACAUUCAGUUCUCCAGCCGCCUGGCUCCUGGUCAUUGCUCUCAUCAUCACGUGGUCAGCUGUUGCUGUUGUUAUGUUUGACUUAGUGGAUUAUAAAAACUUUUCAGCAAGCUCCCUUGCCAAGAUUGGUUCAGAUCCUCUCAAACUUGUUCAUGAUGCUGUAGAAGAAACUACUGACUGGGUUUAUGGCUUCUUUUCUUUGUUGUCUGACAUCAUAUCAUCUGACGGUGAUGAAGAAGAUGAGGUCGAUGAUGAAGAUGAGGAUGCUGAUAAAGGAGAAAUAGAAGAGCCUCCCUUGGAAAAAAAAGAAAUACAUAAAGAGAAGACUGAAAAGCAAGAAAAACCUGAAAGGAAAAUACCAAUUAAAGUUACACCCAGAGAAAAAGAGAAAGAAAAGAUCAAAGGAAAAGAAAAGGUAAAAGAAAAAGACAAAGAAAAACCUGAAAAGAAAGCAACUCACAAGGAUAAAAUUGAGAAAAAAGAAAGACCAGAAACAAAAACAGUGGCAAAAGAAGAGAAGAAAGUUAAAACUAAGGAAAAGGCUGAAGAAAAGACUAAAAAGGAAGUGAAAGGUGGAAAACAAGAGAAAGUGAAGCAAACAGCUGCAAAAGUAAAAGAAGCACAGAAAACAUCACCAAAACCCAAAGACAAAGAGAAAGAGGACAAAGCAACAGCAGCUGCACCAAAGCAUGAACAGAAAGAUCAGUAUGCAUUCUGUCGAUAUAUGAUUGACAUGUUUGUCCAUGGGGAUUUGAAACCAGGACAAAGCCCAGCCCUACCACCUCCAUUACCAACAGAACAAGCACCCCGACCCACUCCAGCAUCACCUGCUCUUGAAGGCAAGUAA